CGCAGACCCGCCCCCGCCCCUCGACAGCCGCGGGCGGCGGGGACGCCCCGGGACGCGCGGGACGGCCGCGCCAUGACGGCCGAGAGCCGGCCGCCGCCGCCGCAGACCGAGGCGCUGGCGGCCGUGAAGGAGGAGCGCGGCGAGCCCGCCAGCGGGGUCCCGGCGGAGGCCGCGGGGCGCGGCGCGGGCGGGCGUCGGCGCAAGCGCCCCCUGCAGCGCGGGAAGCCGCCCUACAGCUACAUCGCGCUCAUCGCCAUGGCCAUCGCGCACGCGCCGGAGCGCCGCCUCACGCUGGGCGGCAUCUACAAGUUCAUCACCGAGCGCUUCCCCUUCUACCGCGACAACCCCAAGAAGUGGCAGAACAGCAUCCGCCACAACCUGACGCUCAACGACUGCUUCCUCAAGAUCCCGCGCGAGGCCGGCCGCCCGGGCAAGGGCAACUACUGGGCGCUCGACCCCAACGCCGAGGACAUGUUCGAGAGCGGCAGCUUCCUGCGCCGCCGCAAGCGCUUCAAGCGCUCGGACCUCUCCACCUACCCGGCCUACAUGCACGACGCGGCCGCCGCCGCCGCCGCGGCCGCCGCCGCCGCCGCCGCCGCCGCCAUCUUCCCGGGCGCCGUGCCCGCCGCCCGCCCGCCGUACCCGGGCGCCGUCUACGCGGGCUAUGCCCCGCCGCCGCUCGCCGCGCCGCCCGCGGUCUACUACCCCGCGGCGUCGCCGGGGCCGUGCCGCGUCUUCGGCCUGGUGCCCGAGCGGCCGCUCAGCCCUGAACUGGGCCCCGCGCCGUCGGCGCCCGCCGGCUCCUGCGCCUUCGCCUCGGCCGGCGCCCCCGCCGCCCCCGCCGGCUACCAGGCCGCGGGCUGCGCGGGGGCGCGACCCGCCAACCCCUCCGCCUACGCGGCCGCCUACGCGGGCCCGGACGGCGCGUACCCGCAGGGGGCCGGCGGAGCCCUCUUCGCGGCGGCGGGCCGGCUGGCGGGGCCCGCGUCGCCCUCCGCGGGCGGCGGCGGCGGCGGGGGCGGCGGCGGCGGCGGGGGCGGCGGCGUGGAGCCCGCGGUGGACUUCUACGGGCGCACGUCGCCCGGCCAGUUCGGAGCGCUGGGGCCCUGCUACAAUCCCGGUGCGCAGCUCGGAGGGGGCGGCGGAGGCGCCUACCACGCUCGCCACGCGACGGCCUAUCCUGGCGCGGUGGAUCGAUACGUGUCAGCCAUGUGAGCCCAGCACGCGGUCCACAGCUGGCAGUCGCCUCGGCCGUCCCCACCAACCGAGUAUCCCCGAGACCUGAGAACUGGAGGAGGACCGAGAGCCCUGCGGGCCGGACCGGUGCAUCACAGGCACGCCCGGCUCGCCUUGGGAAUGGGUGGCGGUGGGGAGGGGCAGUGGUGGCCCGCGGACGGGGACAGAGGGGCCUCAAUAAGGCGAAGCUCCAAAGGACAUGCCUUUCUGACAUCCUACUGGGGAGGGUCCUUGGCGGUACUGGCGCGGCCUAGUGCCUACACCGGAGUCUGGGAUCCGAAGUGUGGGGAAUCACGUCUUCACUCUAACCUGUGUUGCAAGAAUGCAGGGCCUUUUUGACACGGUUCGGCCUCUUGUGCCUUCGAUUAGGUUACCAGUAGCAUCGUCCUUAAGGUGAGGAGGAUGAGUUUGCAAAAAAAAAAAAAAAAAAAAAAAGUAACUUCCCUUCUUUAAAGAACAAAACAAAAUGGAAGAAGUCUCUCUGCUUCGCUUGACCUGGGGCUGGUUUUCCCUGCCUCUGAGAACUGCAGACCCAGCUCUUAGUCUGGACCUCAGCCCCACAUCGCGACCCAGUUUCCAUCACCCACACCCCGUUUCCCCAAGUGUUAUACAAGAGGGCUGCAAGAUUCAACCGCGGUCCUUAAGGGCCUCAUCAUCCUCCUUGCAGCCCUGCAUAUUUGGCAGCAUCCGGUGGGCCACCCAGGGCCUAACCUUAUUCCCAAGAACCGGAACAGAGCUCAGGGCAAGCACCUAACCUAAAGUCGCUGGAUUGGUUCCAGGCAGCAAUUAUGUUAUAAUUUCUCGAAUCUUUUGAGCAUGAUGUGCUGAUCAUUUGGUAGCUGUUACUGCUAGGUCAUAAUUUGGUUUUCCAAUGAGGCAGGUAAAAAUAAAUUUAUCCACUGUCCACUCUUUCAUUUCAUUAAUCAACCCUGGACCAAACUGGCAAACUAAAAUACAAACAGAUGACAGGACUCGGGGGGAGCUCUUUGAGGACCGGUUUCAGUUUGUUGAGCGGGCUCUUCCCGUCUCUGGCACCCUCUACCAUACGAAAAGGAAAGAGAAAAAUUAAUUGGGGUUGUCAGUGAAGUAAGCUUUAGAAAGAAACUGGAUUUUUAACUUUGUUUUGUAUCCGUUUAUUUUAAGCAUCAAGCUGACCAAAAUCAGAGAAAAUCCAACCUCUUUCCCACCUUUCUCUUGAGAAAUCUUGUAAGUUUUUAUCCUGUAGUGAAAUUUUCCAGUGUUCAGAGGCUCGGUGUGCAGCUUUCAGAUCAACCUGAGGGUUCAGAUGAACUGUUUUAAUAAAAAUCUUUGAUCAAGUGAGUUCUGGCAAAGGAAACUCAGCCCCUUUCUGUGUAGUUAACUUGACAGGGAAGGGUUGGGGGUUCUGUUAGAAAGAGAUUGAAAACCAUUGCUAAUUUUUAUUCUUAAUUUUGGGAAUUACGCUGUCUUGUUCACAAAGACGUGUGAAUGUGCUUCUGUCCAGACGGGUAUUUGUCUAAAUCCGCACUGUCCAAUAGAACAUAUUGCAAACUACAAAUGUAAUUUAAAAGUUUUUAGUAGCCAUAUUAAUAAAAUAAUAGUUGAGAUUGUAUUUAA